AAUAUCCUUAUAAACAGAGCAAACGCAAGCGGAUCUGACCGGAUCGGAUCUGCUCUGCCACGUUCCCGUGUCGUUUUGUUUGUUCCUCCUCCCAGCUCGAUCCCAGCCCCACGCAAAACCCAUCCGUCCCCCGCCUCGUGCACUCCGCCAGAUCCAGCUCGAAUCAGACAUCUCCCUCCCGCUCUCUCUGCCGCCGCCGACGCCCGCCACGCACGCGCUCUCGAGGUCGCUACAGGGAGUUCGGAGCCGCGGCCAUGGGUUCAGACGGCGUCGCCCCGAGAGAUGUAUGUAUUGUUGGAGUUGCACGCACCCCUAUGGGUAGUUUUCUUGGUGCCCUGUCUUCCCUGCCUGCAACAAAACUUGGUUCCAUAGCAAUUGAAGCUGCUCUAAGAAGAGCAAAUGUGGAUCCGUCCCUCGUGCAGGAGGUCUACUUUGGCAAUGUUUUGAGUGCUAAUUUGGGGCAGGCUCCUGCAAGGCAAGCUGCUUUAGGUGCAGGAAUACCAAACACCGUUGUUUGCACCACUGUUAACAAAGUCUGCGCAUCUGGCAUGAAAGCUACUAUGUUUGCAGCACAGUCAAUUCAACUGGGCAUCAACGAUAUUGUCGUGGCAGGUGGCAUGGAAAGCAUGUCAAAUGCCCCAAAGUACAUUGCUGAAGCUAGGAAAGGGUCUCGUUUUGGACAUGACACUCUUGUUGAUGCCAUGCUUAAGGAUGGCCUUUGGGAUGUAUACAGUGAUUGUGCCAUGGGAAUGUGUGCUGAGCUUUGUGCUGACAAUCAUGCCCUAACAAGAGAAGACCAGGAUGCUUUUGCUAUUCAAAGCAAUGAGCGUGGAAUUGCUGCUAGAGAUAGUGGUGCUUUUUCAUGGGAGAUUGUUCCGGUCGAAGUUCCUGCUGGAAGAGGGAAGCCACCAGUACUUGUUGAUAAAGAUGAAAGCCUGGACAAGUUUGACCCAAUAAAACUGAAGAAACUUCGCCCAAGUUUCAAGGAGAAUGGUGGUACCGUUACAGCUGGGAAUGCUUCUAGCAUAAGUGAUGGUGCUGCUGCGUUAGUUUUGGUGAGUGGGCAGAAAGCACAAGAGCUUGGACUGCAAGUCCUUGCAAGGAUCAAAGGAUAUGCAGAUGCAGCUCAAGCUCCGGAGCUAUUUACAACCACCCCAGCACUUGCCAUACCAAAGGCUAUCGCAAAUGCUGGGUUAGAGUCAUGUCAUGUUGAUUUUUAUGAGAUUAACGAAGCCUUUUCGGCUGUUGCACUUGCAAAUCAAAAGCUUCUCGGAAUUCCUUCAGAAAAGAUUAACGUACAUGGAGGAGCUGUAUCUUUAGGGCACCCUCUUGGGUGCAGUGGUGCUCGCAUUUUGGUCACCCUUCUUGGUGUUCUUAGGGAGAAGGGUGGCAAAGUUGGGGUUGCUGGUGUCUGUAACGGAGGAGGCGGAGCAUCAGCUCUGGUUCUUGAGUUCGCAUAAGGAUCUAGGCCUUCAACUUGACAUUGCAGGUGCAAUCCAGUGAUAAGGAGCAGUUCCCCGAGGCGAUCUUGUACUCUUAAGUUGUUUUUGUUGUAGCUCGUUGAACAUUCUUAACUUAAUUUGGUAAUAAAGCGUGUUGUGCAAUGUUA